GGUCAGCUGGUUGGUUAGUUUACAGCUUCAGUUAGCUAACUGUCAUAGCCUUGCUAGCUCCUGAGGGAGGGUUUUUCUCCAAACCUUUGGCUCAUAUUGACUUCCCCCAUCAAUUUAACAACGACGCAGCUCAUGUUAGCGAGGCGACGAGGCUCUACGUUUCUCCAGCUAGCCAGUGAUACACAUGACAGCUUGGAGCAUCCUGCUAGCAUAGCAGCUAAGUUAGCAAGAUACACUGGGAAGAAGUAAGGUGAGGACCAGUGUCAUCAACCAUGGCAGGUGGAAUUACAGAGAGCGGGGAGCCCUACUCCCCAUUUGUGGGGCUGGUGUAUAUGUUCAAUCUGAUUGUGGGAACAGGAGCUCUGACAAUGCCCAAAGCCUUUGCAACAGCCGGCUGGGUGGUUAGCAUAGCACUCAUCUCCUUUUUAGGAUUUAUGAGCUACAUGACCACUACCUUUGUGAUUGAGGCGAUGGCGGCGGCCAAUGCUCAGCUGCGUUGGAAGAGGAGAGAGCAGGAAGAGGUCGAUGACAGCGACUCCACCUCUGAGUAUUCAGAUGAUGAUAUCAUGGUCCGAGGUCGAUCUGAGCCGGAGACGAAGCCCAUUUUGUCUGUUCAGAGGUCAGGAGGUCACGUCGAUCAUUUCGACAUCGUGGAGCGGGUCGAGAUGGGUCAAAUGGCCUCCAUGUUCUUCAACAAAGUUGGCGUCAAUAUGUUCUACAUCUGCAUCAUAGUCUAUCUGUAUGGAGACCUGGCCAUCUACGCAGCAGCUGUGCCUAUAUCACUCAUGGAAGUUGCCUGUGGAAAUCACUCCUGCAGUGCUGGAAGUGUGAAGUACAAUGACACAGAUGCGUGCUGGGGUCCUGUCACAAGAAAAGAUGCUUACCGGGUGUUUCUGAGCGUCUUCACUGUUCUGUUGGGGCCUUUUACCUUCUUCAACGCCCAGAAGACCAAAUAUCUUCAGAUUCUCACCUCACUUAUGCGAUGGAUUGCGUUCACCAUGAUGAUCAUCUUGGCUCUUAUCCGCAUCGGCAAAGGCACCGGCGAGGGCCACCCACCAGCCGCUUCCUUGUCUGGAGUGCCCAACCUGUUUGGGGUGUGCGUCUACUCCUUUAUGUGUCAGCACUCCCUGCCCUCCCUGGUGACGCCCAUCUCUGACAAGAAACGCGUUGGCACCCUGGUAUUGCUGGACUACGUCCUGAUCCUGGGCUUCUACGUUCUCCUCUCAUUCACUGCCAUUUUCUGCUUUGACAGCUCACUGCUACAUGACAUGUACACCCUGAACUUCACUGAUAACUGCAAUGUGUUAGAUAUUCCAGUCCUGCGCUACUUCCUGGGCCUCUUUCCAGUUUUCACCAUCAGCACCAACUUCCCCAUCAUUGCCGUCACACUCCGCAACAACUGGAAGACCCUGUUUCACCGAGACGGAGGCACCUACCCAUGGGUGGUGGACCGUAUUGUGUUUCCCCUCAUCACUCUGGUGCCCCCAAUCGUUGUGGCCUUCUGCACCCACAACUUGGAGUCCCUGGUGGGUAUUACAGGAGCCUAUGCAGGCACAGGGAUCCAGUAUAUUGUCCCAGCCUUCCUCGUGUACUACGGUCGACGCCAUCUGGAGCCCGUGGUGGGGAGGGAUGCCAUCAACAAGCACCGGUCUCCCUUCCGACACGCCUUUUGGGUGUGGUUUGUUUUGUUGUGGGCUGUUUCCUGCCUUAUGUUUGUCACAGCCAACAUCAUCCUAACUGACACCAAGAAAUGAAGAACUCACUGUUCCAAGAACUUUCUAGAAAAAUGUAAACAUGUUUGGCCAGUCUCUUUGUUCUUGUACACGAGGCCUUACUUGCUGCUGGUUGGACAGUGUGCCUUUUUAUGGGACUUUGGUUGCAUAUAUUAAAUGUAAUUAAGAGUAAUUUAUCAAAUUUGUUUAAAAAGGGACCAAAUGUCAAGUGUUUUUGUUCCAUCAACAAAACUGGAACAGUGCAUGGUAACAAUUAAGGGAAAUUUAAAUGGGUCAUUUAUUAAAAGGAUGUUUUGUCAUCAAACACCAGAUAGUCUGAGGUUUUCACAAGGAUUUGCACAAAUACAGCUUUUUAAAAUAUAUCUUAAGAGUUCAGUGGGCCUCGAACAACUUCAUACAAAGAGUCAUAUGGACAUGUACAAUGUGCUUGCGGCUUGCUUGUCAGAUUUAUAGUUUUGAAAACACUGUCAGGCAUAACCCUCAUUUCCAACGCUGGAAAGGUUGGGGGUCUGGGUGUCGGACGCUGUUCAAACACUUUGUUUGAAGCAGACUGACACCUUUGAUGUUCUGUUGUUCAUCUGCUACUUAAUUCAUUUAGUAUACACCAUUCAAAUUCCAAACUAAAAAAAAGGUAGGGUGUUAAGAUGCGGAAGGAUCCUCUGGACCUUCAGGGCAGAAAGUUCCAAUAAAGAUAUAUUAAAGCAAUUGAAAGAGCAGAGCAGCGACAAGAAGAAGAGCCUGUCACACUCAGGCUAGUGUUCUGUUGCUAAACUGCUUGGCGUCUACACAGCUUGAUAAUGAGAUUGGAACAGAAACCAACAGAAGAAGACAAACGAAGGAAUCAGGGACAAUCAUUCUUUCGUGGCUGACGUGUAUCCAUUCCUCAGCGGUGGCUGCCUCCGAUCUCCUCGUCCCCUUGUGAACAAUGAAGCUCCGUCAGUGACAGAUCCACUGACAGAUAGGCUUCCAGGAAGAACUCCAUCUCUGUUUAUCACGGUGCACUCGCGCCUGUAGUUCACACGCAGGGCAUGUCUCCCGUCUUUUACUGCUCAGUACCCAUUCAUGACUCUGUCAGCCUUGUGCUGUAUCUAUCACACAGCCCAACACCUGACAGGAUAAUAGUGAUCUACAGUGCUUCAGCUGCGGCUAUGGGCAAGACAUCAUUGACCAAAAAUGAAGGGUGGUCAGCCAAAUGUGACUACAGAGCUUCAUACACUAACCACUGUACUGUAGUGUAGUAACGCUGAUUUCACUGACACCUGGCAGCUCCCUCUCUGAGUUGUGCCUUUGUUAAUUGACUUCAUUAUUGCCCUUUAUCGUCUACCUUAUCAGUGAAAUACUUCUGGAAUGUCAAUUUAUGCUACGGUCACAGAAAAUACUAAUUUCUCAUCGGCAGGUAACUUAAACACAGUUCAAGUCAACAGUUGAAUCAAAUGCUGUGUCCAGUAUUCCACUUCAUUUUCUUACCUGUUUUUUCAAAAUAUAUUUUUAUUUGAGUCUUCAACUAUAAUUGUAAAAUGUAUGCUUUGUUUCGUGCCACCAGAAAUACCCACCAGGGAUAGAAAACAAAUGUAGAUCCGAAAUCAUUUUUGCAAAAGGAAAAAAAAAACUCCAGUCAACUCAUGCUAGUUAAACAGACUUAAUAAGAGUUAAACGUACUGAAACCAAACUUGUUUGUAUGAAUAUGGAUUUAAAUUGAUGAAUGUGCAUAGUAUGAGUGCAAUAACACGGUCAGGUGGUUGGAAAAAGAAAAUAAUUGACACAGUGGAAGAAACACCACUUUGUAAAGCAUUUUUAUUUCCACUUUGUCCAUAAUAUCCUUUUAUCUAUAUAGUUUCUCCUCGAAGUCUUUUCGUUGUCUUAAAGGGACAGUUACGGCCUCCCCUUUUUCAUCUUAACUGUAGUGCUAUCUAUCAAUCUAGAUUGUUUUGGUGUGAGUAGAGAUGUCUGUCUUCUCUGUAAUAUAAUAGAACAAGGUGUCACUCUCCUUGUAGUGUUAAAGUGCCCCAAAAAAUUCCAAAAACUCAACAGCAAUGUCUCUUUCUAGAAAUCAUAACCCGGUUAUUUAAGAUAAUCCAUAGACCGUAUUGUGAGCAGUUUCACGUAGGAACUAUUUUCUUUCUACCAAACUACACCCACCAACCAAAUCACCUUCUGCAUGGUGAUUUGGUUGGUUUGGUCUGUGGAUUAUCUUAAGUAACCAGGUCAUGAUUUCUAGAAAGAGACAUUGCUGUUGUUUUUCAAAUGUUUGUUUGUUUGUUUUUGGCACUUGGAGCACCACAAGCCGAGUGCCAUUUAGGUCCAUUAUAUUGGAGAGAAGGCAGACAUCUCGACAGCUGAUACCUGCAACACACACCAACACACUCUAAAAUGAUCUAAAUUGAUAAAACAGCACAACAGGUAAGAGUGAAAAUAAGUGUUUUUUAAUUAUUAGGUGAACUGUCCCUUUAAAGGUUGUGACACAGCAUUUCUGAGCCUAUUUGAUUGUUGACAGUUGACAUAACCUAUCCAGCACAAACAACCGUUUUUGUAUGUGUAUCCUCUGAAAGCAUCAGAUCAUAAACCAUAUCAUAAACCAAAAAUUAUACAUCAAGAUGCAAACACAUUUUCUGGUUGAGGUUACUUUAAGUUAUCAAACUUACAAUCAAAGGGUACUCUACAUAUUUUAAAAGUUCUCAAAAGCAAGUGAACUCACAAGAGACACAUUUAGAAAGAAUGGUCACAAUUGAAGCAGCUGAGGCUGAGUUAUCUACCCUCAAGCUCCAAAACACUGGAUACUACGUAUCCCAUGAUGCAGUCAUCUUUUCCUCAGGUCAAAUAUAGUCAAUAAUUAUUACGACCGUCACCAGGCUCCGCUUUGAAAACACAUCCCAUGUCCCUUAUAUAGCUAAAUUGAUGCUGUUACCACAAAGAAAAUUAUCAGUAAAGGGGACACGCAGUCACCAACACUGCAACACCACUGGUUUCACACAUUUGUAUUUCAGUGACACUACAGUUGUGCUCCAUUAAAAUGCAAACCCAGUAUUGGGGUGUACAGUAGUUCAGUGAGUUGUGGAGCAGUUAGAGAGGCUGUGCGGCUUUUUCAUCAACUGCUGUAAUGCAGUUUAAAUUGAAAGCUAAUGUGCUGUGACUUGUGUGUUGUUAAGGCACCGCAACUGUAAAAUUCCUACACACACAUCGUAGCAUUGUUGUAGCACUGUUGAAGGUUACAGAGGUGCUGCUGUGGGUUUAUUGUCACCAGGCCACCUCUGUCUUCACCAAACUGCAGCCAGAAUUUGCAUCUGAGUGUUCAGCUGGACCAAAUAUGGACACGACAGGUUCUCACAGCUUUGAGAUCAUCCUAAAACUUAAGUUAUUGCAAAACACUGCAGAGCUUCUGUCUGUCUGUACCUGUCAGCUUUUAUCUAAUCGGGAUGGAAUCUAUAAAAGUCCCUGCACGCAGAGAUCCUGAAAACGUCAUUAUAUGUUAUAUAUGUUUGCCUUCCCACUUUUGUGCCCUUCAUUGCUUUGAUGUUCAGCUCCUCUUUUGAGCGUCAAGCGCCAUCGAAGAAGAUGAAGAGUUUGAUGCUUGCCACAUCACCUCGGUCGUAAUUAAAACACAUUUAUGGGAGCAUUAACUAGCGUCCUGACUUUAUCUUUCCGUCUUGUACAUGUUCCUCUGUCCAUCACCUGAUAUUUAUCGUCUGGAUGUGCGUGCUUUUGUAAACCUUUUCCCUCUCCUUACCUGAAGUGGAACAUUUGAAUGAAGAGUACAAAAACACUUUAACCUUGGUUAGAUAUUUAUAAAUCAGUCUGGAGACAAAGAUGUGACUGUAUGAGUGUGUUUGUGUGUCUGUGUGAGUGAAUGACUAGGUGUAAAAUGUGGUUCUCAUGACUUGAUGGGAGUUGUGAAAUGUGCCUUUUUAUAUGGGCUUUAUUUUCUUGCCCUAAACUUUCUGACUCUGCUGUUUUUUUCCUCAGCUUGCCAGACAAACAUCUGCAUGUAAGCCAUUUCGUCUGACUGACAAUCAGUGUUUCAGUGUCUAAUCCUUGGUUUUCUUUUCUUGUCUCGUCUUUAAUUUCUGUUCUUCUGUUGUUGUUGUUGGUCGCCCCUAGGUUUACUGCAUUUCUGAGAAUUUGAUUUUCCCAUUUUUCCUUCAUGUUCCUGGUAUUUGUUUACAAUAAUUUGGCGAGCCUGUGAUUCUAGCAUUUGUAUGGAUGUUUACCGCUUUAAUGGAUGCUCUGUUUGAUUUUUACAAUUCACAAAGAAAAUAAAGGCUUUAUGUUCAU